UAUUAUUUAAUGUUAGAUACAACAUGCAAUGUUUCAUAGGAUCUAAUGUUUAAUUUUUUCCCGUAGAUUUGAUAUCAAACUGAUAUUUAAGUUGUUAGUCUAGCUAGAAAUUUUUUAUUGUAAAAUAAUUUUAUAAACUUCAAUCGUUUUUAAUAUGAUUUUAGACGAAACAAUGCCAUUUUCGUUUACUGUAGCUAAUUGUUACGUUUAUGUAAACAUUUUCGGAUUCUUUUAAAGUAGCCAAUUAUUAAAAAAUUAAGUUAAUUUUAAAAAUGAAUAGGGCGUAUCAAGAAUUCGAACGUUGGCUAAAAGAACCAAGUAUUUUAGCUACUUUUCUAAGAAAAAUUGAAACACUUACGGGAAUCCCUCAAACUAUUUUUGCUUUUGUUUGCUCCAUAUUGAUCGUGCUCCAUCUAAUUUCCGGUUAUACAGCAGAAUUACUGAGCAACUUUAUCACUUUAAUAUAUCCCGCUUUUUGCACGAUAUACUCCAUUGAAAAUGGGAAAUUUUACGACCAGACAAGAUUGCUGAAAUAUUGGUUGCUUCUAGGAAUAGUAACGCUGUUUGAACAUUGGAAACAAGGUCUCCUGGAAUACGUUACGUAUUUUUGGUUGCUUAAGACUAUUUUUUUCGUUUGGAGCUUCACCGAAUCGCCUUUCGUUGGUUCUCACUUAUUCUAUAUAUUAAUAAUGCAUCCUGUAUAUGUUAUGAUUUUUGGAGCAACGAGUUUAUCUCGCCGAAGUUCUGGAGUGGAUACUGUGGAUUAUUUCGAAUCUUUUGACGUUACACUAGAUACUUCGGAACGAUUUUUAUCUGUAACUGAAAUUGAAGAGAUAUACACAGAACCGCCAAAAACCGAUUUCUGUUCGUAUAAAUCAAAUGCUGCUGUUAAUGCAGCUCCUGAAAGAGUCCAACCAGAAGUCUCUCCAGAAACGGGAGAUUCCACUGCUACAGAAUUAGAAGUGGAUUUUACAGUUCUGUCUAGAGAAAUUACUCUUGUAGAAUCGGAUGAUUAUGCAAUUCCCUCUGGACAAAUGACUCCAACAGGACCCAAAUCAAUUACUGGUUCUUCUGAAGCAGUAACCUCGACAGAAACUGAAAAACCUACAAUUAUAAGUCGUAUAUCAAGAGAUGUAACAAGCGAAGAAGCAACAACUAGGAGUUCAUUGACAGAACUGGCUUCUACUGGAUCUAGAAUGAUUGGAUUAUCAGAUGAAGUAGCUUCUACAGAUUUUCAAUCGGAAGCCACACGUUUGUCGGGAGAGAAUAUGUUUUCAGGUUCUCAUGCAGGAAUUACAUUUUUGUCAGGAGAGCGAACAUCCUUAAAAUCUCAGACCCAUUCUCCACGUUUAUCAGAAGUAAUUUCUGAGAGAUCUCAACAAAAGGUUGGACUUUUAUCAGACGAAAUUUCUGUUGCGAAUUCCCAGUCACAGAUUUCAAGAUUGUCGAGAGAGGCAUCUCGCGCGGGAUCUCAAACACAAAUUUUCACAGAUCUAUCACAGGAAAAUAUUCCUUCAGGAUCCCAAGCAGAAAUUUUAAGACGCCUUUCGGGACAGAUGACUCCUACAGGACAGCAAUCAGAAAUAUCGACACGUAAAUUGGGAGGAAGGUCUUCUAUGAGUUCCCAAACACAAUUUAAGCAUUCUUCAGGAGAAAUCAUUCCUGGAUCAACUGAAUCUCGCCCAUCGGGAGAAAUUUCAGAAACAGUAGCGUUUGAAACACCAUCUCCAACAAAUCAGUCAGAAAAGGCAUCAGAAACCAGAGAGAUGUCAGAAGGAAAUUCGGAUGUACAGAGGGAUGCUUUAGAAUUUCAAGUCACGCCUACCUACGCAACUCCUCCAGGAACCGAGGCCACAUUUGAAACACCAUCUCCAUCAAAUCAAGCAGAAGAUGAAGCAUUAUCAGAAACCAGAGGAAUAUCAGAAGGAAAUUCGGAUGUACAGGGUGAUUUUUUAGAACUUGAGGAGGAGGCAUUUUUGGAAGAGGCGUUAAUAGAAGAAGAAUUUCCCGAAAACUUGUCUAAUUGGCAAACUAUACAGGAACCAGUCUCCGGAGAAGUCAUGGAGGAAAUCAACUUGAUGCGCAUAGUCCAAAGUGACGAUACUGAUUUUUCUGAACAAAAAUACGAGGAAACGGAAUAUAGACAUGAUAUCGGCCAGGGUAUACAAGAUGAUAAAGGGGAAGAUAAUCAACAUAACGUCGAAGUAAUCUUCAAAAAUAGCAAAGAUUUGGCACCUAAAGAUGAUGAUUCGGAUUAAUACGUAAACACCUCGAAAAAAGAAUCAAAAUUUUAAAUUUAAAAAAUCUUUACUCUCAAGUUAAUAAAUCACACUUAUAAAUUAAAUUUAUAAUGUUUAAUUAGAUAUUUACGCAAAAAUUAAUAUCUACAAUACACCCAUAAAAAAAUGGCGGUUGUGUAGUUGAACACUUCGCUUUCAGAUGGCGUUAGUUACGCGAAAAGACUCGAAC